AGAAACUGAAGCUCAAGAAGUAAAGUAACGGCCAAGGUCACACAACUAGUGACUGGCUUGGGUGUGGCUGAGCAACCACUGUGUGCCAGGGUCUAAGAAUACAGGAAACAAGACACUCCUCUCUUUUCUCUACCUAAUGAACACCUAGUCACCCUUCAGGAGCAAACUAAAAAUAUCAUCUCUUAUGAAACUUUUCGUAAGCCCCUCGCCACCCACAAGUAGAAUUGAUAACUUGCUUUUUUGUAUACCCCUCUGAAAUAGCACUUUUCACAGUUAUUGUAAUGAAAUGCUUCUACAUGUCUAUUUCUCUAACUUUGAGCAUCUUGGCGACAGGGUCUGUUUACUAUUCAUUGCCACUUGGAUGUCUGAUAGACAUCUCAAACUCAACAUGUCCAAAUCUGGACACCUGAUCUUUUUUGCCCAAAUGACCCCUCCCCUAAAGCAGUCCUCAUCUCAGUCGAUGGCAGUUUCACCUUUCCAGUUGCUGUGGCCAAAAAACCUUGGAACCACACCUCAUAUUCAAUCUGUCAGCAAAUCCUGUUGACUCUCUCUUCGAAAUACAUCCAGAAUCCAAUCACUUCUUAUCACCUCCAGUGCUACCACCCUGGUCCAAACCACCAUCACUCACGUCUCUCUGGCAUCACCUCAGUAGCCUCCUGACUGGUCUCACUGCUUCACCCUUGUCCCCUGUGGCCUAUUCUCCACAUGGAAGCCAGAGUGAUCCUGCUAAACACAAGUCAGAUCAUGUCAGUUCUCAGCACAAAAACUCUCCAAUGGCUCCCCAUCUCUCUCAGAGUAAAGCCAAAAUCCUUCAAUGGCCUACAGGCCCUAUACAAUCUGGUCUCCUACUAAAUCUCUGAUCGUAUCUCCUAGUACGUUCUCCCUCUCACUCUGCUCCAGCUGCUUGGUCCUCCUUGCUGUUUCUCGAACAAGCCAGAUGCACUUCUUACCCAUGACCUUUGCACUGGCUCUUCCCUUGCUAGGUAUACUCUUCUGCAUGGCUCCCUUCCUCACCUCCCUCAAGUCUUUGUUCAAAUGUCACUUUCUCAGUGAGGCCUACCUUGACCAGCCUAUUUAAGAUUGCCUCUAUUCUAAUUUCCAGUUUACAGUAAGUACAGGGUAUAGAGGAACAAGAUAAAUGACACCACGAGGGGAAAAACAACAACAACAGACAAAUCCAGAAGUAGGAUAUUCUACAAAACAACUGAGUUGUACUUUUCAAAAAGCCAGUGUCAUUAAUUUAAAAAAAAUAAAGAUGGGAGACUUCUAGUUCUGGACCCAAGUGGAGUAGACAUGCUUCUCCCUAUUUCUCCCACUAAGGACAGCUAAAACUCUGUAUGUGAUAUAUAAAACAAACAUAGGAAGAUGCUAAAAGAAGGAGAAAAGGACAGACUUGACUAGGUGACUUGACUAAAAACAAAAACAUGAACAGAGCCUCAGAGACAUGUGGGACUAUAACAAAAGACCUAACAUUCAUGUCAUCGGAGUCCCAGGAGGAGAAGAGAAAGGGUGGGGGCGAAAAAGUCCUCAAGAAAUGAUGGCUGAAAAUCCUCCAAAUCUGGCAAAAGACACAAACCUACAGAUUCAAGAAGCUGAACAAACCCGCAACACAGGAUAAAGUCAAAUCCAUGCCAAGACACAUUAUAAUCAAACUUUUAAAAACGAGACGAAGAGAAAAUCUUGAAAGCAGUAAGAGAGAAACACCACUUUACCAACAGGGGAAAAACAAUUCAAGUAUCAGCGAUUUCUCACCAGAAACCAUGGUGGCCAGAAGGAAGUGGCAACAACAUAUUUCAAGUGUUAAAAGAACUGCCAAGCCUGGAUGCUAUAUCUAGUGAAAAUAUCCUUCAGAAAUGAGGGAGAAAUCAAGAUAUCCUCAGAAAAAGGAAAGCUAUGAGACCAUGACACCAGCAGACCCACCCUAAAAGAGUGGUUAAAGGCAGUCCUCAAAACAGAAAGGAAAUGAUAAAAGAAGAAAUCUUGGAACAUCGGGAAGGAAGAAAGAAUAGAAUGAGUAAAAACGUGAAUGGCAGUGAUGGCAUGUUCAAGUAUGAGGAGAUAGUCCUUGAGCGGGGCAAUUCUGGCCUGGGCUUCAGCAUUGCUGGUGGAAUCGACAACCCCCAUGUCCCCGAUGACCCUGGUAUCUUUAUUACGAAGAUUAUCCCUGGUGGAGCAGCUGCCAUGGACGGGAGGCUGGGGGUGAAUGACUGUGUGCUGCGGGUGAAUGAGGUGGAUGUGUCAGAGGUGGUGCACAGCCGGGCGGUGGAGGCACUGAAGGAGGCCGGCCCUGUGGUGCGGUUGGUGGUACGGAGGCGACAGCCCCCACCAGAGACCAUCAUGGAGGUCAACCUGCUCAAAGGGCCCAAAGGCCUGGGUUUCAGCAUUGCUGGGGGGAUUGGCAACCAGCACAUCCCAGGAGACAACAGCAUCUACAUCACCAAGAUCAUUGAGGGGGGUGCUGCUCAGAAGGAUGGACGCCUACAGAUCGGGGAUCGGCUGCUGGCGGUGAACAACACCAAUCUGCAGGAUGUGAGGCAUGAGGAAGCUGUGGCCUCGCUGAAGAACACAUCUGACAUGGUCUAUCUGAAGGUGGCCAAGCCAGGCAGCCUCCACCUCAACGACAUGUAUGCACCCCCCGACUACGCCAGCACUUUUACUGCCUUGGCUGACAACCACAUAAGCCAUAACUCCAGCCUGGGUUAUCUCGGGGCUGUGGAGAGCAAGGUCAGCUACCCUGCUCCUCCUCAGGUUCCCCCCGCCCGCUACUCUCCUAUCCCCAGGCACAUGCUGGCUGAGGAGGACUUCACCAGAGAGCCCCGCAAGAUCAUCCUGCACAAGGGCUCCACAGGCCUGGGCUUCAACAUCGUGGGAGGAGAGGAUGGAGAAGGCAUUUUCGUCUCCUUCAUCCUGGCAGGAGGCCCAGCUGACCUGAGUGGGGAGCUGCGCAGAGGAGACCGGAUCUUAUCGGUGAAUGGCGUGAACCUGAGGAAUGCAACUCAUGAGCAGGCUGCGGCUGCUCUGAAACGGGCUGGCCAGUCAGUCACUAUUGUGGCCCAGUACAGACCUGAAGAAUACAGUCGCUUUGAAUCGAAGAUACAUGACUUGCGAGAACAAAUGAUGAACAGCAGUAUGAGCUCUGGGUCUGGGUCCCUGCGAACGAGUGAGAAGAGGUCCUUGUACGUCAGGGCCUUGUUUGAUUAUGACCGGACUCGGGACAGCUGCCUGCCGAGCCAAGGCCUCAGCUUCUCCUAUGGUGACAUUCUACAUGUCAUUAACGCCUCUGAUGAUGAGUGGUGGCAGGCGAGACUGGUGACCCCCCAUGGAGAAAGUGAGCAAAUUGGUGUGAUCCCCAGUAAGAAGAGGGUGGAAAAGAAAGAAAGGGCUCGAUUGAAAACCGUGAAGUUUCAUGCCAGGACGGGGAUGAUUGAGUCUAACAGGGACUUCCCUGGGUUAAGUGACGAUUAUUAUGGAGCAAAGAACCUGAAGGGAGUGACAUCCAACACCAGUGACAGCGAAAGCAGUUCCAAAGGACAAGAGGAUGCUAUUUUGUCAUAUGAGCCAGUGACACGGCAAGAAAUUCACUAUGCAAGGCCUGUCAUCAUCCUGGGCCCAAUGAAGGACAGAGUCAACGAUGACCUGAUUUCGGAGUUCCCGCAUAAAUUUGGAUCCUGUGUACCACAUACUACCCGGCCUCGGCGUGAUAAUGAAGUGGAUGGGCAAGACUACCACUUUGUGGUCUCCCGAGAACAGAUGGAGAAGGAUAUUCAGGACAACAAGUUCAUCGAGGCAGGCCAAUUCAACGAUAAUCUCUAUGGGACCAGCAUCCAGUCAGUGAGGGCAGUUGCAGAGAGGGGCAAGCACUGCAUCUUAGAUGUUUCUGGCAAUGCUAUCAAGAGGCUGCAGCAGUCACAACUUUACCCCAUUGCCAUUUUCAUCAAGCCCAAGUCCAUUGAAGCGCUUAUGGAAAUGAACCGACGGCAGACAUAUGAACAAGCAAAUAAGAUCUAUGACAAAGCCAUGAAACUGGAGCAGGAGUUUGGAGAAUACUUCACAGCCAUUGUACAGGGUGACUCACUGGAAGAGAUUUAUAACAAAAUCAAACAAAUCAUUGAGGACCAGUCUGGGCACUACAUUUGGGUCCCAUCCCCUGAAAAACUCUGAAGAAUCCCCUCCAACCAUUCUAUUGUGAACAGAAGAAACCAAGUCCCUCUUCCCUCCUCCCUCUUCAUUCCUGUCCCCAUGGGGAGAACAGAUGACUACUGUUCUUGUCCCCUUUUUUAGAUAUGUCCAAAAAAUUGAGUUUUCUAGUCCUGUUCUGUUUUUUUAAAUUUUUGUUUUGUUUUAGUUUAUUUUUUGGGAUGAUGCCAUCUCACUCAUCAUGUGACUGCGCCCAUUCCUGCAUGGACCUUUCCCAAGCACUAGCACAGGUGCAAAUCCAUCAGAGUCAUUGUUUUCAUAAAACCAAGCAGAAGCGAAGAGAAGAGAGGAGGACUGGUGGAAAGACAGACUGGACAGCUGCGCGGCUUAUGAAGCGAGCCCCGCGCACCCCGCGAGGAGAGGCUCCCAGGCUUUGCUACGAUCUGUACACUGCCUCGCGGCUUGGGACAGCGCGGUCAUGGUGACAGAAAGUAUCUUAUUUAUAUAUAGAUAUAUAUAUGUAAUUUAUAUAAAAUAUAUAGAAAUUAUUAUAUAUAUAUAUAUUAUACACUCUCAUAUAAUAUAUAUAUAUAUUCACAUGCAUUUGGACUAGAAAAUCUAUGGAGACUUCAUCAAUGGUACUGUGUUAUUAGAGAAAUGCUUUAAUUUUCAUAUUCCAAUCAGAUGGCAUCUUAUAUCCCAACUGGUUGGGGAGGGAGUGAAAGUGGUAGUAAGUGCUGUAACGAGGGCACCCGCAUUGGUCAUUCUCUUGAGAGCUGGGCUUUUCUUUAGGAGGGGUCAGGUCAGCCAGAGAACGGUGAGAAAGGGCUUCGGCCCGGGGGCCAGAGGCUUGGAGCUGUGACCCUAGAGCCGAUGCUGCCCUUGGGGCACAGUCAGGCCCGCGUGUGGGGAGCGAGAGAAUGGCUAACGGUGCUCCCAACGUAUUAAAUUGCCAAUUGUUUUAUGCCACCUGAUGUGUCUGCAUGAGAGGUUUCCUUUUUGUUCAUUUUUAAGCUGCUGUUAAACCAAAACCAUGUUGUGCUACUGUGUCAGCCUUUUCAUUCUUCCAAAUUUUACUUUUACUAUUUAAGUGAAUGUGUAGAAUCCAAUUUGACCGUGUUCUAAAGGCUCAUGAUGUUCUGGAGGAGCCGGGCCUUGUGAUAGACUAGGCGACCCGGGCUUGGCCAUCCCGUCAGCGGAAAGGGAGGUGGGGGCAGGUGAGAACCGACAGGAGCUGGGCCUCCUACUGUAACGUGUCCCUUCACUCACCUGCCAGGGACAUGCUGGGCUCAGCUGAGGCUCUGUCAUGGGGCCCACUGGCAGGGACGGGGAGUCACUUGCCUUCCAGCUCUGCGCUGGGACAGUGGGACGGCCCUGAGCUUGGCCAGCCGCGUAAUGAAAAGUUUGAUUUGGGUUUUUUUUGCAGCUGCUUCAUAUGCCCUACCUACCCCAAUCCCUCACCAACAGCUGGUAGCUUACUGUUUCUUCAAGAAGAAAGUAGACUUUAAUGCUGUCAAUUUGAGCUGUAGAGCUACAAUUCACUUACUGUUGAGAUGUGAAACCCUGUUGCUUUUUCCCAGAGUCAGACGGCAGUGUUUGUGGUCAAGGGGGUUUUUCUCUGACCAGAAAUGCAGGCGGCAGGUGUGGCCCAGGCCCCGCCCUACCAUGCUCCUUUGAAGCCACCAUGCCUCCCUCAGCUCCACGCUGGAGGCACGACCCAGGGGAGAAGAGCGUGGACAUGCUUGGCCCCAGGGUUGAGCCUGUUGUUUCCUAGCCCACUGUGUUACAACCGGUGCAAAGCAUACAUGUCGAAGAUGCUUUGAGCGCUACCAGGCAGAUUUAGGAAGUCUGUUAACAGUUCUCCUACCGGCAUGAUGAGGCUAACUGUAAAGUGUGGGGCCCAGAAUGUGGGUAAAGAAAGGGCAGCAGCUUUGCCUGCGCAGUACACUGGAUUGGAGGCAAGAGGGGUAAAGUGGUGUCCGAUUAUGACUCUGGGGAGGAGGGGGUGAGCUGGGAGUGUUUUGAUUUCUCUGAUGUUAAGUGAUGUAGUCUGAGUGAUGCUCAACCCUCUACCCCUCCCAGGGAAGAAAAGCAGAGAUUCAAAGCAAGCAUGACACUAGUUGGUUUACCAGUGUUCCUUCCAAGGAGACAUAUAUUUUUUAAUAAAUGAUAGUUGCAAUGAA